GAGGUCCUAGCGGAGCCAAGGCUAUUGAAUAAUACGUUAAAGGAAAAAAUGGAUGAAGAACCUGAAAGAACUAAGCGAUGGGAAGGAGGCUAUGAAAGGACGUGGGAGAUUCUUAAAGAAGAUGAAUCAGGAUCACUUAAAGCUACUAUAGAAGACAUUCUCUUCAAAGCAAAGAGAAAAAGAGUAUUUGAGCACCAUGGACAAGUUCGACUUGGAAUGAUGCGUCAUCUUUAUGUGGUAGUAGAUGGAUCAAGAACAAUGGAAGACCAAGACUUAAAGCCAAAUAGACUGACUUGUACUUUAAAGUUGUUGGAAUACUUCGUAGAAGAAUAUUUUGAUCAAAAUCCUAUUAGUCAGAUUGGAAUAAUUGUAACAAAGAGUAAAAGAGCUGAAAAACUGACUGAACUCUCAGGAAACCCAAGGAAACAUAUAACAUCUUUGAAGAAGGCUGUAGAUAUGACCUGCCAUGGAGAACCAUCUCUCUAUAACUCCUUAAGCAUGGCUAUGCAAACUCUAAAACACAUGCCUGGACAUACAAGUAGAGAAGUCCUAAUCAUCUUUAGCAGCCUCACAACUUGUGAUCCAUCUAAUAUCUAUGAUCUAAUCAAGACCCUAAAGGCAGCUAAAAUAAGAGUGUCUGUUAUCGGAUUGUCUGCAGAGGUUCGGGUUUGCACUGUACUUGCUCGUGAAACUGGUGGCACAUACCAUGUUAUUCUAGAUGAAAGCCAUUACAAAGAAUUGCUGACACAUCAUGUUAGUCCUCCACCUGCUAGCUCAAGUUCUGAAUGUUCACUUAUUCGCAUGGGAUUUCCUCAGCAUACCAUUGCUUCUCUGUCUGAUCAAGACGCAAAACCCUCUUUCAGCAUGGCGCACUUGGAUAGCAACACUGAGCCAGGACUUACAUUAGGAGGAUACUUCUGCCCACAGUGUCGGGCCAAGUACUGUGAGCUUCCAGUUGAAUGUAAAAUCUGUGGUCUCACUUUGGUGUCUGCUCCACAUUUGGCUCGGUCCUACCAUCAUUUAUUUCCUUUGGAUGCUUUUCAAGAAAUUCCUCUAGAAGAACAUAAUGGAGAAAAAUUUUGUUACGGAUGUCAGGGGGAAUUGAAAGACCAACAUGUCUAUGUUUGUGCUGUGUGCCAAAAUGUUUUCUGUGUGGACUGUGAUGUUUUUGUUCACGACUCUCUUCAUUGUUGUCCUGGCUGUAUUCAUAAAAUUCCAACUUCUUCAAAUAUUUGAUUCUAGCAUAUGGUACACAUUAUACGUGUUAAAAGGACAUUUGCAAUUGUUAAUAAAAUGAAUCUUCAGAAGAAACUCCAGUUAAAAUGUGAAGACCAGUUUGAAAGGAAAAUCUGACUUAAGAAACUUUUUGCUAAGAAAAUGUAGGAUUGGGGCGCCUGGCUUGGUCAUUUGGAAGAGCAUGAGACUCUUGAUCUCAGGGUUAUGAGUUUGAGCACCAUGAUGAAUUGCUUAGAGAUAAAAUAAACUUAAAGGGGCGAAGGGGAGAAAAAGAAAAUGUAGAAUUUUAUUAAAUUUUAAAAUUUGUGUCCUGUCACAGAAGUGCCCAGAAUUCAA